AUGUCUAAGAGAGGUCGUGGUGGUAACGCCGGCAACAAGCUGAAGAUGUCGCUCGGUCUGCCUGUCGGCGCCGUCCUCAACUGCUGCGACAACUCCGGUGCCCGUAACCUCUACAUCAUUGCUGUCACUGGUACUGGCGCCCGCCUCAACCGUCUCCCCGCCGCGGGUGUCGGUGACAUGGUCAUGGCCACCGUCAAGAAGGGUAAGCCCGAGCUCCGGAAGAAGGUCAUGCCCGCCGUCGUCGUCCGUCAGAGCAAGCCCUGGAGACGUCCCGAUGGUAUCUACCUCUACUUCGAGGACAACGCUGGUGUGAUCGUCAACGCCAAGGGUGAGAUGAAGGGAUCCGCCAUCACCGGUCCCGUCGGUAAGGAGGCUGCUGAGCUCUGGCCUCGUAUUGCCUCCAACUCCGGUGUUGUCAUGUAA